AUGCCUCCUUUUGGACCAUACCCGGGACAGAUGAGAAACCUUCACACACUCAUGCUGGAAGGCAUCGUGAAUACAUUCAGGGUCGGUGAAUCUGAAGAGCUGGAAGAGGAGUGGAUGAACACAUUGUUCUCACAAUUACCCAAAUCCCACUACCUCCAGCAUCUCUAUGUAGAUGAUAUUUAUGUUCUGCUUGGCAGCCUGGCAGAGUGGCUCAGGUGCCUGAAGAAGCCCUUGGAGACCCUGUCCAUCACUUUCUGUCACCUCAUACAGAGAGACCUGGAUUACCUGCCCCAGUGCCUGAACCUUUCUCAGUUUAAGCAUCUCUUCCUGAGUUACACAGUUUUUGAUGAGUGGUUUAAACCACUUGGAAAGCUCCUUGAGAGAGUCAAAGACACCUUGCAAACUCUGAAUUUGGAGAAAUGUUGGCUGGAGGAUUCUGCAUUUAGUGAUUUUAUGCCUGCCCUGAGCCAAUGCUCCCAGCUUCUCAAGAUCAAUUUUUUUUUUAAUAAUAAACUGUCUCUGCCCCUCCUGAAGCAAUUCCUUCAACACACAGCCAAACUGAACAAGCUCACCCAGGAACUAUACCCUAUCCCUCUGGAGUGCUAUGACAAUAGAGGCUUAGUCCUUGUACAGAGAUUUGACAAACUUUGUCCUGAGCUUCUGGAUAUACUCAGGUCCAAAAGACAGUCCAAGGCAGUCAGUUUUGUAUCCAGCAUCUGUCCUAAAUGUUUUCAGUUCUGUGUCUAUGACCUGGAGAGCAGACAUUGCCUUUGCUGGCAAUAA